CUGAAGAGGCUCGGGGACGUCAAGGUGUACGAGGGCGGGAUGGACCUCCUCGUCCAAGGUGCCUUUAUGCUCAUGGAGAGCCACAAGAGGCAGUACCGGGAGAUAGCUCGUCUAAAAGAGCUUGAGCAGAAAGCUGCCUUGGCCGAUGAGGCGGUCGCUUGCUUGGAUCGGCUCCGGGAGGAUGCCAAGGCCUUGCAACAAAGGGCCGACGAGGCCGCUGCAGCCAGGGACGAUGCCCUGGCCAAACUCGAGGAGAGCCAAAGGGCGCUUGAGGCCGAGCGGCGCAAAAACGAUGAAGCCGUGAAGGCAAAAGCUGAGGCCGAGGCUGCCGCUGUGAAGGCCGCUGAUGAGGCCGUUAAGCAGUUCCUGGCCGAGGGGUGGAAGGCCGAUGAGCGGCUCUCCUGGUGCUAUGAGGUGGUGGCCGCUAAGCUUGAAAAUUGGGGGAUGAACUCCCCCGCCGGCCAGGAGUAUUUUAGCAGGGAGAUGGUCGUGUACUAUAACAUGGGCCAGGAGCGGAUGCAGAGGCUCCUGUGUCGGCGGCUAUCUCGUGCUCUUAAGGCCAUGAAUAAUACUUCCGGGUGGGCUAGACGGAACUUGAAGCUUCCCAAGCUGAUGAAAGAUCCCGAAGAGCAGGCCAGGCUUCCUUUGUCAGAGUGGGAGUCCCCCAUCGAGAGUUCCGGCCUCGGCGAGCCGGAUUACACGGAGUUUGACUUCCUGGACGAUGCUACCAGUUCUGCGGCUGCCGCCGGCCAAGAAACUGAAGCCGAGGAGGGAGCCGAAGAUGUCGAAGAGCCAG